CCUAUGGAAGUGUGGAAGGUGGGUACUAGAGAAAGAGAGAGCAGCUCACCACCGUGACGGACCGCCGCUCCUGAGUCUCUCCUGGCCAUGGGCCCGCGGAGCCGUGAGCGUCGCGCGGGGGCAGUACAGAGCACCAAUGACAGCAGCGCCCUCAGCAAGAGUUCCCUGGCCGCGCGCGGGUACGUGCACGACGCCUUCGCGGCGUUCCUAGUUCCGGGGACCGCGCGCCGGGCGCCGCUCAUCCACCGAGGCUACUACGUCCGCGCACGCGCCGUGCGGCACUGCGUGCGCGCCUUUCUGGAGCGGACGUGCGCGGCCCCGGGCGCCCCUCGCGCUCAGAUCUUGUCGCUGGGGGCCGGCUCGGAUUCGCUGUAUUUCCGCCUCAAAACUGCCCGCCUCCUGGUUGGGGCUGCAGUCUGGGAGGUAGAUUUUCCCGACGUGGCGCGGCGCAAAGCGGAGAGGAUUCGAGAUACUCCGGAACUGUGCGCGUUAACCGGGCCUUUCCACAGUGGGGAUCCCGCGUCAGCGCUGUGCUUUGAGAGCUUGGACUACUGCAUCCUGGGCCUGGACCUGCGGCAGCUCCAGCGGUUGGACCAGGCCCUGGCCGCCGCGGGCCUUGACGCAGCCGCACCGACUCUGCUCCUGGCUGAGGCCGUGCUGACCUACCUGGAGCCGGAUAAUGCCGCGGCGCUCAUCGCCUGGGCAGCCCAGCGUUUUCCUAAUGCCCUUUUCGUGAUCUACGAGCAGAUGAGGCCGCAUGACGCCUUUGGCCAGUUCAUGCUGCAACAUUUUCGGCAGCUAAAUUCCCCUUUGUAUGGCCUGGACCGCUUUCCCGACGUGGAGGCCCAGCAGCACCGCUUCCUUCAGGCUGGCUGGACUGCCUGCAAUGCCAUGGACAUGAAUGAAUUCUAUCGCUGCUUUCUCCCCGCAGAAGAACGCCGGCGCAUGGAAAGUCUUGAACCUUUUGACGAGUUUGAAGAGUGGCAUCUGAAGUGCGCCCACUAUUUCAUUCUGGCUGCUUCUAGGGGAGACACUCUCUCCCAAACUCUGGUGUUGCCACCUUCAGAGGCGUUUCCUCGGGUAGAUCCUGCAUCCGCUUCAGGAGUCUUCCCUGCCAUGGUAGUCACUAGUGACAGCCAGGGCCCAGACGUUAAGAGAUAUGGCCACACCUCUGUCCUUUUGAGCCCGGGCAUUAUUCUCAGUGCAGGGGGAUUUGGAGAGCAGGAAGGGAGGCAUUGCCGAGUGAGCAAGUUUCACUUGCUCUCAAGAUAUUAUGAUUUCGAAUGGAUAGGUAACCAAGUAUGCAGUUGGGGGACUGGAGCUCAGUGGGAUGGACGCCUUUAUCACACUACGACAAGACUUUCAGAUACUCAGGUUCUGGUUCUGGGAGGGAGACUGUCCCCAGUAACUCCAGCCGUGGGGAUUCUCCAACUCUGUUUUUGUAAGAAUGAGGAUAAUAGCAGUGAGGACCUAAGUGUAACAGUAACAAAAGUGGGCCCAGAAGAAGAUUCCACUUUGUCAUGUUGGCGGCAUUCAACAACAGAAGUGUCCUUUGAGAAUCAGAAAUAUUUGUUUGUGUAUGGGGGUCGAAGUGUGGUGGAACCUGUACUAAGUGACUGGCGUUUUCUACAUGUGGGAACAAUGGCUUGGGUUCGGAUCCCGGUGGAGGGGGAGGCACCUGAAGGUCGGCAUUCCCACAGUGCCUGCAGCUGGCAGGGGGGAGCCCUUAUUGCUGGAGGUCUGGGUGCUUCUGAGGAGCCAUUGAGCUCUGUACUCUUUCUGAAACCAAUCUCUUGUGGAUUCCUCUGGGAGUCAAUAGUUGUCCAGCCUCCCAUUACCCCAAGGUACUCCCACACAGCUCAUGUGCUCAAUGGGAAGCUUCUACUGGUUGGAGGGGUCUGGAUUCAUUCCUCGUCAGUUCCUGGAGUGACUGUUAUCGAUUUGACUACAGGAUUGAGCUCUGAGUAUCAUAUUGACACAACAUGUGUGCCAUGGCCACUAAUGUUACACAACCAUACCAGCAUCCUCCUUCCUGAAGAGCAACAGCUGCUGCUCCUUGGAGGUGGUGGGAACUGCUUUUCCUUUGGCACCUACUUCAACCCCCAUACGGUGAUGUUAGACGUGUCCUCCUUAAGUGCUAGACAUUAAGGACUGGACUUUGAUAUAUUGAGGACCCACUAAAGUAGACAAUAAAGGUUUCCA